AUAGUUUAAUACAAAAUUCUGAUUAUUUCAAUCUAAAAUGGUGAUAAUUGAAAAGCUAGACUCGUUGAGAAUAUGGCUUGUGAAGCGACUAACACCAAUGUGCGACGCGGACCCAAGCGCUCUCGCAAAAUACGUUAUAGCGUUGAUCAAAAAAGAUAAGACCGAAGAAGAGCUUCGAAAAUUAUGCGAAGAUCAGCUCGAAGUCUUCUUACAAACUGAGACAAAUGCUUUUGUGUCGGAUUUAUUUGAAACUUUGGAAAGUAAAAGUUAUGUCGAAAAUGAAAAAGAAGAGACUACGCCGCCGAGCACAACGGAAACUCAAGAAAUUCCUGGAUUGGGUGAUAUCAAAGAACCAAAAAAGGCAACGAAACGAAGAUUACAACGACCAUCUCCGAUUCGACAUCGCUCACGAAGUCCGUAUGAUCGUCGCAGACGUUUUAAACGCUCACGGUCACCACGAGAGAGACGUCGACGUUAUCGUAGUCACUCUGGAUCUCCAAAAAAGAUUCGUUUUUCACCGAAGCGGCGUUCACCAAUUCGGAGGUCACGAUCAAGGUCACCGUAUCGUAGAGGUCGUAGGACAAGGUCAUUGUCAUCAAGUCGUUCUAGAUCAUCUUCAAGAUCGCCAGACUCUUCUCGUCAACGUCUGACUUCGAGCAACGAUCGAAUUGUAAAGAAAAAACGAUGCUGGGAUUUUGAACAAAAAGGAUUCUGUAUUUUGGCCGACAACUGUCCUUACGACCAUGGUGCAAACCCUGUGGUAGUUGAUGACUCGGCGAUAUCCUCAACUGGCCGACCGAAAAUUACCCCAAUCACAGCUCCACCUCCACUUGUCGGUCCUCCUCCUGCCCCGCCGAUAAAACCAAAUGUGCCACCCCCAAUGAUGCCUCCAUUUUUGCCCCCACCACCGCCAGGGUUUCCUGUUCCCCCACCAGGCCUAAGACCCCCCAUUCCGCCACCAAUGCCUCCUCCACCACCAGGGGGAGGUAUAAGAAUCCCACCACCCGGAUUACCUCCCCCACCUCCGAGAUCGCAACCCCCUCCAGGAUACAACCCAGAGGCCCCAGCAAUGACAUAUCGGCCUAGUAUGAUUUCUAAUAUAGCCCCACCACGUAUACCCGGAAUAGAGAAUAAUUUACCUCCCAACAUUGUCAGAAUGGGGAAUCCCCCUCCCAACGACGGUGGUUUUGUUAAAAGAACAAUAUACAAUAAUGCACCACCCGGUGUUCAAAACACAGGGGUCGUGAACAAUUUCAAUAACAAUACAAAAUUGAUAAUACGUAAAAUACCCCCAUUGUUAAACAAUAUUACCAAAUUAAAUGAACAUUUUUCACAGUUUGGGGCGAUAAAUAACAUUCAGGUUCGCUUUGAAAAUGAUCCACAGUGCGCCCUAGUGGAAUACGCAAAUGUGAACAGUGCACGAGCAGCAAAACGAGAUACCGGCGCAGUAAUGAAUAACCGUUUUAUUAUGGUCCAUUGGUUUAACCCUCAAGCUAGUAACGGUCGUGGUCCAUCGAACCAAACUCAACAGCGCCCUUCGGUGAAAGAGCGUCUUGGAAUCUUACCCAACCCGAGUCAACUCAAAUACACCGCUCCGGUAAAAGAUCAGAAAGUAGCUGCAAAUGAAUCUGUAGUUGCAGAAGGGACAAUUUUUCGGACCAUUUCCAACCCAGAUGCUCAGAGUUCUGCCUCGCCAUCAGUCCCCGAUACUGCCUCUAGUGUCCCUGAAACUCCAAAAGAUAACUCAGCAACUCGAGCCAGAGUACAACAAGCACAGCAAGCGACAAAAGAAAAACUUCUAGCUCGUCAAAAACUCGUCAUGCUGAAAAAGAUCGAACUACAAAAACAAAAACGCGAGCUUUUACAGGCCCAAAUGCAGCAGCAAAAACUGUUUUUAAACAAAAUUAAAGAGUCGAAAAACAUGCCACCGGGAGAAAAAUUAAAGCUUCUGGAAUCAUUGAAAACACUCACUGCAUCUAUUGAUAAGCUGAGGACAUCUUUAAAGGGAGAGAACAUUCGAACUCCGCAAACGGAGGUAAAAGAAAAGCAAAAACUAACACAAAAAGAACUCCUUGACGCUGAAUUGGAUUUAUACAACGCUUCGUCUACAGGAGAAAACACAGUGAAUCUAAAACAAAAAUUGAAUCAAUUAAAAAUGGAAGCGUCAUCUUUAGGUUUGGUAAAUGCGUACAAAGGCUAUCAACCUGCACAAAGAGGGCGUGGUAGAGGCGCGUAUAUGCACCGAGCGAAAGCUCCAAGAGUUUUUAGUGCAUCUGCGAACCUGGAUAGACGACCAAGGGAACUGAGAAUAACUGGUUUCCAUGACGACGAAAAAGAUGAAUUAGUUUCUCAUUUAGCGAGAUUCGGAGAAAUCGAAAAUUUUGUUUUUGACGAGGAUGGUAUCACAUGCACUGUUAAGUUCAGCUCUCGUGCUCAGGCUGAGAUGGCGUCUCAGCAUGGACCUAUUUUUAAAAACCGACGUCUGAUUGUUGUAUGGAAUUCUGGUUCGAUGCCUGCUCCACAACCUGUUCCAACCCAAGUGACGAAUGUGGUAGAUUCACCAGGGGAACCCCCAGUCGAGGACGAUGAAAUAUUGGUGGUUCCCCCAAAUGAAGAAAAAGAUGAGGAAGAUGACGAAACUGACAAUGUCCAAGUCCAUAUUGGCGAUGUGACGGUUAACUACCCACUGGUGACCGAGAUAGAACCUGAGGGAGACGAUGAUUUAGAAGAAGAUGGAUACAUCGACGAAUUAGACGAGGAUGCUCUCCUCGCUGCGGAUUUCGACGAGGAGGGGGAAGAACUUGGGGAGGAAGAUUACGAGAGUGAAAUACGGUCAUGGAGACAUUGAUAGAUUCUUUGAACUGUAAUAAUAUGAAUCAAAUGACACAACAAUUGACUUACAGGAAGUAUUCCUGGAAUUGAGAUAUUAAAGGUCAAAUGAUGUCACAAUGACUGAUAGGAAAUGUUCUAGGAAUCAAAGUUCAAAUCACAGUUAUAUUUGAAACUCAUAAAAUCAUUUAUCAGAAACUGUGUGAUAGUAUUUAUGAGCAUCAGAUUUUAAACAAAUUUGUUUAUUGCAGUGGUUACCGAAACAGGACCCGCGUGCGCUAUUUUAAUUUAGUUCAAUCUGGUACAUGUGAUGCUUUUUUUGAGGCCACAACUACUAGAGAGCCUUUUUUCAAAUAAAGGUGUUUCACCCAGUUAUUUGUGUCUGGCCCUCCGGUAUUGAAGGUUGUGCAUCCCUGUUUUAGUAUAUUCAAAUUGAAUUUAGAAUACUAAUACUAUUUUUGGACCCCCUCAAGUAUGCUCACCAAGAUGGCGCACAACCUGAACUCAGGUAGUGUACUAGGUUAGGGUUCAGGUUGUGCGACAUCUUGGUGUGCAUACUUCAGGAGUACCCUAUUUUUUACUAUCCUAUUUACAACAAAUCUGGUUAGGUUUUUUGGUAGUUUAUAUUCUCACUGGCAUUUGCAAUUUCAAACAACAGUGGAUUAAUUGCUUGAUCAAAG